AAAUGUCAUCCCUCCAGGAUAAUGUAUGUGAAAGCAGAUUGUUUGACAAAUCAGCUUUGAGUCCAACACCACUUUCUCCUCUUUCCCCCCUCAAAAACGCCCUUCUUUCUACAACAGCUGAUAUCAUAGUUGUGUACUGCUGUACUAAAUCGACUACACUGCACCUCGAAGCUGGACUAGCUUACAUAAAACCGGUGACGCAUCAAGGACUGACGCCUAGUGAUUAUGCUUGGUCUAGCAGCCUAUGAUAGCAGCAGUGAUGAUGAAGUGGAGAAUAAAUCACCAUCCAUCCAACCGAAGAAAGGCGACAGCCAGCACAGUCAACCGUUGCAGGUGAUUAAAGAUACAGUAGGAACUGUCGAUGAAAACACCCUACCAGAAAAGACACCCGUCACAGAAUCAUACAGACCUGUUCUUGGGCCGACGCAUGAGCAAGAUCCACACCAUCACCCAACCGAAGCGUCACAGAACCUUUCAGCAAACCGUACAUUGAUCCAUGAUCUAACACUUCCUCCGAUUCCAAAUCUAGACAUACCACUAUCUCCAUCUGGGUCUCCUAAUCCCGCAGCAAAUGCCAAAUUUGCUCACUUUCUCUCUUUGAAAAAGCAAGGCAUGCAUUUCAACGACAAGCUAGCUGGAUCGACAUCCCUCAAAAACCCGAGUUUACUGAAUAAGAUGAUGGAUCAUGCAGGAAUUGAUGAUCAAGCGCAGUAUCAUGCCUCGCUACCGCCUGAGGUAUGGAACGCAAAUGAUUUGCCAAGUUGGGGAUUCAAGGACGAACUGUUAAAGGCACAGCGGGAAAUUCAAAAUAAGGCUGAAGAAAGAAAACUGGCAGGACAGAGAGAUGCUAUCAAUUUCGUGGCUGCCACGCCGAGAGAGUCCACUCGUACAGGCUCCGUUUCUAGCUCAAGAACGAAACAGAGGUAAUAUAUUUAAUGUUUCUCCGGAUUGUAGGGAUUGGCGUCAAUUUAAAGCCAGGGCUGUAUGGCCAAGCCCACGAUGCUUGGGAAGCCAGGAAAGAGCCUCCUCCAGCCACGAGGCCCGCGAUGAGAGAUCUCUGCGUUAGGACGGGAAACCAGGCUGGUGAUAGAUUCCCCGUCCCUAGCUAUAUAUGAAGUAUCGGGGGGAAGGGUGAGUUAAUACCGGUAGGGUGCUCGUAAACUUGAUGGGAAAGAUAAUAACUACUAGUUAGGUAGGCAGGACGCAAUUCCUAUUAUUUCCCCUUCCUAGCGCGUCUAGCGGAUAGAUGUGAGGUCGGGUAAUG